AUGCGACGCAGUCCACCCGCCGCGAGCGCCAGGAGUUCCCCGGCGUACAUGCGAGGGGACAGGCGCCUGUCGCUCGCGGCGACUUCUCGCUGCGGACCUCCAGGGGGUCUGACACGACGCCUGGUUGGUUCCUGUCCCAGCCCCGUGUCUCUUCCCAGCGACCGUGGAGGACACCCUUGUCCCAUGUGUUCUAAUGCUUCAGAGGAACACCGACGCAGCAGUGAACGCCGUGAGAUUCAGCCAUCCUUGUCAAAAACAUUCAAGAGCUCAUCUGAAGCACGGCCUUCCAGAAGGACACUAAGGUCAGUUUAUCGACCGAAGGACAUUUACGUGAUCGAUUCCGAUGAACGCCCACAUCGACAUCAUCAUACAACAUCACCAUCUGUGAAAAGUGCACCAGUGGAACUACGCCCACAGCAGAGAACUACAGCGACUUCAGUUCAGACAAUGCCCAUCACCGCUUCACCUUCAGAGCCCAACCCAGCGCGACCGGAGCCCCUCAGUGGUGAUUCGUUGGUCGUAAACCUAAGUGAUCGUCAUCGCAAAACCUUAUUCUUUUUAGCUGCUGUUUUCGUUUUGUUGCUUAGCGGUGGUAUGGCUGUAUACUACGUGUGGUACAGCCACGAAGAAUACGAGCGGAACCACAGAGUAGUGCACGACUCUGGCGUGUCUUCUAAGGUCACCUAUGUAGGCGUGGACCAAACACAACCCAUCGAUGCCUGGACAUACCCGGCACCCACCGUGGUCACAAGGUCAACGACAAGUCGUGAGAUGUACUUUGCAACACCCUUUGCCAUGCGAAAAAGAGCCUUGAAGUUGAAAAAGAGUAACGAUGUAUCUUCGACGGAAGAUACUGGGGAGCUGGUAACCAAGCGGAAACGCUGCAUGACCCGAUAUUGCCAAGAGAGGACUGAUUACAUCGUUCGUCACUUGAACUGGACCACGGGACCAUGCAAUGAUUUCUACGCCUUCACUUGUUCUCGCUGGGCAGCAUGGCACAGUCAGCAGCCGGCGACGUCAGUUGAAACUUUGCUUGUGGAAGACGUGGAAAGAGAACUGUACCUCACGUUCUCAACCAAGCUUAAAGAGGAAGUGUGGAAAGUCGAAGGACUGAUCGACGAAUGUUUGCAGAGCCCUCUUCCAAAGACAUCUCGUCUGCACCUACGGAAUUUAAUGAAGGAGGUCGGUCUUUACGGUUGGCCGUACAGGUCAGACACUAAGACGCGAGGCGAAGUUUGGAAGGCGGCCGCACUUAUCUUAAGACAUCUCAAUCUUGCUCCUCUGAUCUCAGUUACAGUGGACAGAAACCCUUAUAACAUUACGGAGUACAUCAUUGCUUUGAACGAGCCUGGACUACUGAUUGGCCACUAUUCGAACAGAGAACGACACCUUCCCCGCUGGUACACGUCGGUUGUCAACACGGCUUUUAAGCAGUUCACUCCGGGGAGGUACUUAGACAUCGCUGACAGAGUGAACGACUUUUCGCAUAAGCUCGCCGAAAUAGCCACUGUGCGCGGUCUCACGUCCUUCAUGACGAACACUUACAAGCUCGCAGAGAUGCGCAUGUAUUCUUCUUACUCUCAGUACUUGAGCUACGUAUUUGAUGAUGUCAAAAAGAUAACGGAGAAAACACUACUACUGGUCAAGUGCGACAGGUAUCUUCGAGCACUCAAGUCAGUUCUGCAUACAACAAGGAACCACGACGUUUUAAACUACCUCGGCUUUCGGGUGCUCAUUCACAUGUCACCUCUCCUGACGGAAGAGUCACGGGAGUUCACGUCAGUUAGGAUGAAGGAACUCACGGGACGUAGGCGCUACGGCUGGCCGAGGUGGAAGCGCUGUAUCCGCAUGGUCGAACGAGUAGCCCCCGAACUCUUCGCCUUCGCCUAUGCGAAGGCAGUCGAGAGCAAAGUGGAGAGGCACGCGGUUUUUAAACUUGCGCGUGAAGUAGCAUCUGUUGUGAACACGACGAUUGGAAAUUUCUCUUGGAUGGCCCAGAUGGACAAAGAGAACGCUCGUACAGUGGCGUCGUCUAUCGACGUUGAAGUGUUUUAUCCUGUAUGGAUGAGCAACACUUCGUAUCGCGAAGCCUACGAUGCAAUAUUUCCCGAAAUAACUCGAGGAAAUGUGAUGAGAACGUACAGAGACUUCGUUCAGCGAAUCACGGAGACCCGACUGGCUCUCGUGAGAAAGCGUGACGAUCCUACGUUUAAGCUGACCUACUGGAAACCGUCUGUGUUUAACGUCCAGCCGUCGUUCGACUAUGAGACUAUGACCAUCUACAUCCCACCGGUGAUCUUCAACACGACGUACGCUCGUGGCGAUGUGUCCGUCGCUGCACAGAUUCCGUUUAUCGGACCACGACUAAUAUUUGCAUAUCUAGAAGGAAUUCACGAGAAAUCGUACCCUUCGUUUCGCUAUCACUGGUCGUUGAACAGCACAGUGCGUGCCAUUGAACUGGAGUUGUGUCUGUCCAGACAGUACGCGAACUGGACUGAUGGCCAUGAAACGAAUACGACACCUAGACGCCCUCUCACUAUGCAGUACGACUUUCUAGAUAACUUAGCCAUUGAAGGUGCACUUCAACUGUACCUCAAAUACAUCUCAGUGGUAAAGUCUCAGAACCUGCAAGACAGCGCAUUCCUAACACCGGGAAAUCUGACUUCCAUUAAACUGUUCUACGUCCUUUACGCGGAAGGGUUUUGUGAAAACGCCGAAUCAGAGAGAUUACGUGGAGAGCUUCAAGACGAUCCUAUCAGCUCGCCCAGGACACGAGUGAAUGUCCCGCUGAGGAACUACCCUGACUUUGCUGCCGACUGGGACUGCAGGCCGCGAGCUCCGAUGUCACCAAAGAAACGAUGCAGUAUGUGGCUACCUUGA